AUGGUCUCAGUAGAGUACUUGGAGGCGCACCGCUGCGGCGGCUCCAUCGUCAGCUCCAGCUGGGUGAUGACUGCGGCGGCGUGCAUCUGGGGCACCACCGCCAACUACUUUGCCCUGCGGGUCGGCACUUCAACGCGCGGGAGUGGUGGCACCGCGUACCUAGCUACCCAGUUGUUCUGGCACGACGAUUACGAUGCUACCACAUCGGACUACGAUAUUGGUUUCUUCCAGACCACUGAUUCAAUCUUGUUUGACGACAACGUUCAGCCUGUGGCUCUGGCAACUGAGGAGCUCGAGGCGGGCACGUCCGUGACGGUGAGCGGCUGGGGCAGCCUGCAACCCGGGGUCGACUACCCUGAGGAGCUGCACGCCGUUAACACGACCAUCAUCGACCGAUCCUUGUGCAACGACACCUACGAAGGCCUCAUCACCGACAACAUGAUCUGCGCUGGAGAACCAGAAGGCGGCAAAGACUUUUGCAAUGGUGACCAUGGUGGCCCACUGGUUGUAGACUCUACACAGUACGGAGUCAUUUCGUGGGGCUACGGCUGUUUCUAUCCACCAUACCCAGGGGUCUACACCGAUAUUGUUGCACUGCGUUCCUGGAUUAAUGAAACAAUUGGAGUGUGA